CUUAAGCACCAUUUGUCUCAACCCUAGAUGGCUUAAACCUUAAUCUUAAUUUGAGGUUCCCUAUUUUCCUAGGCUAAACAAUAAAUACCAUAUUAGUAAGGUUUAGUGAGUCAAACUUUUAAUUUGUACUAAAAACUAAAUUACCUCUCCUCCAUCAACAAUCAACAAAUCGUCUCAGCAACUGAAAGCGAUUUGGUUAAUCUGGGAGUAGAGAUGGGUUUAGGUUUUACAGUCGGUGUGCUCGGAGUUCUCAUUCUCUCUCAUGCCGCAUACUCCACUAUCCAAUAUAGAGGAUUGUUAAAAAUAACCGAGGAAGAGUUUUCAGGACCUCCUAUGAAUGUAGUAAUUGAAUUGAUUCUAGGGUUUCUGUUGUGUAUGUACGCUGGGCUGACUGUUCCAGGGAAUUUCCACUCUAUACAUCCAUCAUCUGAGGAAAAUAGGAUAGUUUCUUUGCCUGAGAAUUUGGACUUCAUGAUUUUCAACCAUCGAGGCAGAUUGGCUCCUUCAAAUUCUGAUAUGAAGCUUAAAUUGUGAGAUAUCAUCUGAAGACCUCAGUUCUCUCUUCCAAAAGACUUUGGACUAUUUGAAAAUUUUGAAGUUGUCUUCUCGUUUCUUACUCUCUUAUCUUUUUCUGGCUCAGUGUUUAAGUUGCUGUUUAUUUUGCCUAUGUUUCAAGUUUCCUCGAGCACUUGAACAUAAUGCUGUAAAAUAUAGCUGCAGAAUAGAUUCUAACUACAGCGGGAAAUCAUGUUCCGUGCAGUACUACAUUGUUACAGAUCUUUAUUUUGACAAUCACUGUGUGAGAUGUGUUUAUGAUUAAUUCA